AUGAAGGAAGAGCUGGCUCCGCGACUCCAAAGCCAAGAGAGGUCUCAGGACUUGGUCGCAUGGACUGCCUCUCAGCCCUUGGUCUCCCAUUCUGGUCUCUUUUCCCCGUCGGCCGCGUCGUCGUCGUCGUCGUCGUCGUCGUCGUCAUCGUCGUCAUCGUCAUCGCCGUCAAUUUCUGAGAAAGGUAACAAGCUUGGAGAGAGUAGAAUCGAUGAGAUGCCAGCUGCCCAGGGCCGUCCCAGGUCCAUCUUGUCAGUGGCAACGCAGGCGCUCAGGAGGAGGCCCAAGACGGCAGAGUCAGUCGGGGUGGAGCGCGGCAACCUCUUUGUUGCGCGUCACGGCAGAAAGACGGAGGACGGCAGCGGAAACGGCCCACAUCACUAUUCUCCCGCUGCUUCUUCUGCACCUACGAAUUGGGAGUCGUCAGCGUCGACAAGCGUAGAGAGGCCGGGCGGCCAGCAUCAUUACCACUGCGACGACGCGUCCUUGCGCGCAUUGCAGGCGGGCUACGCGACCCGCCGGUCAUCUGUUUGCUCCUUUUCCUCUUCCCUGUCCUCCGCGUCGUCGUCAUUUUCGCACUCUCGACCUCAACGAAGACGGCACGAGACUGGACAUACACUGAACCGCCCCGAAGACGAGGAAACCGCGGAUGUUUCCCCGCUUCUGGCAGACCAUCUUUGUCUUCUUGCUGGAGAAAGUCAUCAACCUGUAAACGUCAUCACGCCCAGAAGGGGCGAGGAGCGCGCCGACAGUGUCAUGCUGCAGGAGCCAAAGAGCACUGCAGACGUGGCAGUGGACCUCCAUGGGCCAGACAGAAGCCUCAGGAGGGUCGGACGAGGUACCAUCGACUUUGGCAAACAGGGGAGAGAGGCCUCAAGCACAUCUCCUCUCCCUCCCUCUUUGCAGCUCACGCCACGCUCACGCUCCGUUGAAGGCGGGCAGCCCCUGGCGGUGCGCUUAGGCCUGGUGGCAUCGAGCUCAAAAAGGAUGGGUGAGAAGGAGAAAGAGGAAGAAGGAGAUAUAGGAGGGGAAGAGGAAGAAGAGGAUGAGGACGAGGAAGAGGAGGAGCACGAACGGGAGAAGGAGGAAGAGCGUGCAGGCCGAGGAGGAGAGCGCGAGGGCAGCCGGAGAAGGACCUCGUCACUUGCCGCUCCCUCGCACUCUGCCUCGCUGACGACAGCCCAGCGUCGCGAUGCAAGGGAGACGGCCCUGCGAAGAAGGAAGCGGUCCAAGGCCCAGUACUGCGAUGGAUACUACCUCUGCACGCCCCCUCCAAAUCGAAGCGGCUCGGGCGCCGUGGUCAGGCGGCCUGCUUCGAUCAGAUCCGAUGGCUCCUCCUCUUCGCUUCCCUCUGCCUCUGCCCCUUCCUCUACUUCAGUGCCGAUACAGCCCACAAAAGCGAAGAAACCCCCACUGGGGCUCAUGCAGUCGUUCAAUCCCAUCAAGGAGUCUGGUUCGAGUGCGCAGCGUUUGGCGCAAGCAAGCGGCCGUACCAGGAGCAGUAGCGACGUGUCGAGGCCACAAUUUCCCUCUUCUCCCUCCUUGCUUGAUCAGCAGCAGCAGCAGCAGCAGCAGCCAUCCUCGACACAGCGACAGCCUCACAGCUUGGGCGCAGAGGAUGAUCAAGGGAAAAAGGGAAAAAGUAGGGUCAAGGAUGACAAUUCCUGGAAGCUGCAGGACUAUUUUGUCUACAGAACACAAAGAGAGGCGCAGCAUGGUGGACGGUUGAGGAAGAUCAGAUUCCACGCUUACGAUGCCAAGACGGCGCCCUACUGGUGGUCGCACGGCUUCGAGACGGAGAUGGCCGAGCAGCUCCACUACCAGACGAUGAGCAGCAUCCUUGGACUCGGCACGACGACAUGGCCAAAGGCCCCGCCCAAGAGUGUCCUUGAUGUUGCGACUGGUUCGGGAGCCUGGUGCCUCGAUGCUGCAAAGCAGUGGCCUGAAGCAGAGUUCAUCGGACUCGACCUUGUUCCGGUCCAGACACCGCUUCGGACAAUCCGAGACGAGGGAAUCAAGUCUAGGAUAUCGUGGGUCGUCGCAAACGUCCUGGAGGGCUUGCCAUUCCCGGACGAGUCAUUUGACUUUGUCCACUGCCGCUUUCUCAACCAUGGCGUGCCCGAGGACAAGUGGGACUUUGUCUUUAGCGAAUUCACGCGUGUCGUCGCCCCCGGUGGUCGCAUCGAGAUCCUGGAGACCGACUGGUCCUUUUCUGGCAGUCCCCGGGAGGUGGCGUCUCUGGAUGUGCAGAACCUCAUCAAUGGGCGGUAUGAUACCAAGAAGGGCUUCAACAACUCGAGCGAGACCAUGAUGCUGAGGCUUGCAAAGGCUGCGCCGGGCCCACAUGAUAGAGUGGGAAAGGCAUGCGAAAGAGUGAUGCAGAAGCGCUUCAUUAGCCUGAGGCCGGUCUCGCUCGUGCCCUUCAAUCUCAUGAAUCAGGAACUCGAGGAAUUCAAGCAGAGCAACCCGCGCAACUUUCCCAUCUUUGCCCACUCAUCCUACCACCGCGACCUGGUGAAUGAUCGGCGGCGUCGACAAGCAGUCGAGGGUAAGGCAAAGCCCCGCACCAGUGUGAGGGAAGCCCAGGGUCAGCUGGAUGACGCCCACUACACGAGUCGAGAGCAGAUCGGGGCGCCGCUCGAGCCACACCCAAUCAAUUUGUCCAACUACGACGUCUACCGGGCCUCGAUUUUGACGAGCGAGACGACCAAGAUCAGCGAGAGUCGCACCCUGAUCUGGGAAGAACUUGAGCGGGACAAUGCAUCGCAAGUCGGAGCGGGCGGAGGCGCAGCGCGAUUUGGAUGGGAACAUCAGUGGCAGUUCUUCAAGGCCGUCGACGACUGGGUGGCCGACAUGACGCACCGAGCGGACUGGGGCUGUCUCUUGAAGUCGUCCCUCGACAUAAAGGACGGAGCGAGCGUGACGAUGGGUCCAGAUAAAGGGGCCAGGGAGAGCAACAGGAACCAAGUGCACCUCGGCGACGGUGUGAAGCCGUCGCUGUCGCUCGACACUCAUCGCUCGCCUUCGCCCAGCUCGAGCGGCUCGUCCUCUCCAUCGCCCACGUCUACCUCUUCUCUUCACCGUCCUUCGCCUCCUUCCUCGUCCUCUCCCAUGUCGCCCCUCCUGCAGACCAAGAGUCGCCAAGACGAGGAGCGAGCGAGGAGCGCCACAGACCGAGGAUCCAAGAGGAGUAACGAUUCCCUCGCGACAGUUGUCGGCAGCGAGGAUGCCAACGCGAAAGUCGAGAGCGGAGACAAGUCGAGCUCCUUGUCUAAGCUCGCCUCCCAGAAAAUUGAGCGGGGACAACGGCCGUCGAGACGUCAGCCUCCGUUGGCAAUGACAUCGGCCGAGCCGAGGAGGUCCAAGUCGAUGCCGCCGCAGGAUGGUGUCUUUCCCGCGACGGUGUUGGAACAACCUCCGAUGCCCCGCCAGGAGUCUUCGCAGGAUGACGAGGGCGGCACCACGCAGCUCCUCGCCAUCCGUCGAUCUGCCGGCUUCACGGCCAGGAAACCGCUUCGCAGCAAGGCCUAG